ACAUUAAUCAACUACGGCUAAAAGUUAAUUUACAUAUAUUAGGUUAAACUCACAAGCUUUGAAACGUAUUUCAUUAUCACAAGCUUUGAAACUUUACUUUUUAUUAGUACAUUUUUUUUAAAAUGAGUGUUCAAAACGAAACGUCUCUACUACAAUGGGACGGAUGGAGUAGUACCUCGAAGAGUGAAUUACGGAAAGUUGUAGAAAUAUUUUUUUUAUUUUAAGUGUAUUAUUUAUUUGUCAGAUAAAGAAUCAAUCAAACACAGAAAAUAAAACAGUAACUAAAUUAUUUUUCAGGACAUUAUCCUGCUAAAAAAAGUCUCGAAGGUGAAAAAGAAAAAAGCAAAAGAUAAGAAUCAUAAGAUCCUCGAUCCACUUUAUAAUUUUGUUCACAAUAUGUAAAUCAAAUAAAUUUUGUGGGUGAAAAGUAAAUUAUUUAUAUGAUAAGAUCCCUUAUUUGGAACUGUGCUUGAUUUUGGUCACAAGAUGAUCUUAUAGCUUGAUAUACAAGCAUGUAUAUCCGUGUGUAUUAUUCCAUUCUUGAAAAAUAAUUCAUGAAAUAUCAUUUUCAAUCUUUUUCUUCCCUUCAAAAUCUUGAUAUAAAUCGUGUCAUUCACAUCUCAAACACCUCCGAAUCUAUUAAAGGCUUAGCUUGCUUGCUUCACUUGUUUAAUUUGUUUUUUUUCUUUAUUCAUAACAUGUGUUUCGCAUGAUUCGCUUUAGGCACUUUUUCAAACUCUUCUUCAUCUAUAUUUGGAAGCAAUUUCAGUGUCCAAAUUGAGACAACAAUUCCAUGGAUGAUCAACCAGUUGGGAAUGUCCACUCCAAUCCUCACUUGACAGGAGAUCCAUCCAAGGUUAAAGGUCCGGAUAGCGAUGGAUCAUUCAGUAUCCCUGUUCGAGCCUUGAACAUCACUUGGGGCAAUGAUUCUCGAUAUUGGGAACUAGUUAAACUUUGUGAGACCGAGAUUAAACUAGCGGGAUUUGAAGAGGGUGCGGAGCUGCAACAAGUGAACUGGCUCCAAGUGACGGGGAAAUUCGAACUCGUGACCUUUAACAUCGAGCCGAAAUUAUACAAAGUGUACUGCAUGAUGAAGUUCAACGAGGAUUCGUUUGGAUGGAGCCACGCCCCGAUCAAAUUCAAGGUGAAAUUGGAAGGGGGCAGUGAGAGUGAAGUGAAAGUGAAUCUUCAGAAGUAUCGAGAGAAGCCAAUGAUGUGGCACAAGGUUUACGCCGGAGAGUUUAAUGUUGUUGGAGAUGGGAGUUCGAUGACGGCGGAGGUUGGGAUGUUUGAAGUGGAGACUGAUUGGUGGAAAGGCGGCGCGAUACUCGGCGGCGUUCGGAUUGAACCCGAUUUAUAGAUAACUUUAUUAAAUGAUGUUAUUAAUUGGUAUAUAUAUGGUUUUGUAUUGUAUUAAUUAUAUACAUAUAAGUUCUGUUGUUUGA